AUGAAUUAUCUUGAAAAUUUUGAAAUGUACAAUUUUUGGUGACAAGUGACAACUGAGAUUACUGAGAACCAGUAACCAGUGACAACGCAUUGGGUGCUAUCAGGCUGGUUUCAUAUAUUUUGAAGGCAUUGAAAAAAAACCCUUGCCUCAACUGGGAAAUUAUAAUUUAACAAAUACAGAAAAAUUGAUCUAUUAAUAUGAGUCCACUAUAAUUAGUUGCACUUGAAUUAAUAUUUUUUAUGUAAAAUUGUUUAGUAAAUCAGAAAUCUUGUUGACUUGUCAUAUUGAACGCACCUUAAAGGUGACAUGGUUUCGAUCUGUCAUUUCUGACGUUUUUGUACUGUCAAAUGUCAACAUAACUUUGGAGAUUUGUUACUGUUACUGUUAUUUAAAUAAAAAUAAAAAUAAACAAAAGUAAUUAUUACAGUAUUAUUUUCUGUUCGUGUUAAAUGUAAAAUGUUGAGAAAAUUCUAUAUUAAGUCACUGUCGGUGCUUUUUUUAUAUUUCACUUGUUUCGUGUGUUACACUAAUGGUGCUGCUUCAGAUAUUCAAUUAGAUGCCAAGGCACAAUCUAAUCAUAGGUUAGAUAGUUUAAAUUUAUUAUCAUAUACCUUUCUGCUAAUAUUAACAGUCCUUACGAUAUGGUUAUUCAAGCAUCGCAGAGUAAGCUUUUUACACGAAACAGGUCUCGCUGUAAUAUAUGGAUUAAUUGUAGGCGCCAUUAUUCGAUAUUCAGGCAGUUCUUCGCAUGUACUGAAUAUGCAAGUGUUUGUCACCGACCCGCAGUAUAAUUCAACAUUACCACCAGACACGUUAUCAUUACAUUUUCCAGUAAAUGUACACCCUAAGAGUAAUAAAACGUUUCAGUAUGUGUUCAGGGAAGAAAUUGUAGAUCUAAGAGAAAAUGAAAUCGAUUUUAAAGCUACUUUUGAUCCGGAGAUAUUCUUUAAUAUUAUUUUGCCUCCUAUAAUUUUUCACGCAGGAUAUUCAUUGAAAAGGAAAUAUUUCUUUCGUAACUUGGGUGCAAUACUAACCUUCGCAAUUAUUGGUACAACCGUAUCUUCCUUUGUUGUGGGGGCAUUAAUGUAUGGUUGUGUUCAGCUGAUGCCUGCAAGAUUAGCAAAUGCUUUUACGUUUUUGGACACACUGUACUUUGGAGCUCUCAUAUCCUCUACUGACCCACUGACAAUCCUUGCUAUUUUUAAUGACCUCAAUGUAGAUGUUAACCUUUAUGCCUUAGUGUUUGGUGAAAGUGUCUUGAAUGAUGCAGUUGCUAUUGUUCUUAGUGGAUCAAUUCAAAACUAUGGAAAAAGGUAUCAGUCAGGCAGUGGAGGUUUUGAGACAAAGGCCUUCUUUAAAGCUGUUGGUGAUUUCUUUGGAAUAUUUAUGUUGUCAUUAAUUAUAGGAGCAACAAUGGGUUGUGUUACUGCAUUGAUGACUAAAUUUACGAGAGUUCGAGAUUUUCCCCUUUUAGAAUCCGCCCUAUUUGUUUUGAUGUCUUACAGCACAUUUUUGAUUGCAGAAGCUUCUGAACUUACAGGAGUAGUAGCAGUUUUGUUUUGUGGUAUUUGUCAAGCUCAUUACACGUACAAUAAUCUGUCGGAAGAUUCUAGGAUAAGAACCAAACAAAUGUUUGAAUUACUAAACUUCUUGGCAGAAAAUUUUAUUUUCUCUUAUAUAGGUGUGUCAAUGUUUACGUUCCCAAAACACCAUUUCAACCUACUUUUUAUUUUUGCGGGAUUUACAUGUGCAGCUAUUGGUAGAGCAGUAAAUAUUUAUCCCCUCUCGUUUUUAUUGAACUUGGGAAGAAAACCGAAAAUCCCCUCGAAUUUUCAGCACAUGCUAUUUUUUGCUGGACUAAGAGGUGCCAUGUCGUUUGCAUUAGCUAUUCGAAAUACUUUAUCCGAGCAAAGACAGGCUAUGCUUACUACCACGUCAUUGAUUGUGAUUAUUACUGUUAUAAUCCAAGGGGGAGCUACUAUGAAUUUGUUAAAUUGGUUCCAAAUUCCAGUUGGAAUAGACGAAGAAACCGAGGCCUUAUCACGACAAAGUGUUCACAGUGUGUACAAUUCCAUGGAAAGUUCAACUGGGGGCAGCACAACAUCUAGACCAGAAUGGACUGAAAUUAAUGCAUCCGAGCUUCCUAGACCACAGAACGAAAAAGCAUUUCUAGCGAGGAUAUGGGGAUCGUUUGAUACAUGUUAUAUGAAACCUUUAUUGACGCAUUCGAGACCCACUUUGUUAGAAACGUUACCCGUAUGUUGCAAUCCCCUUGCAAGACUGCUUACUACUACAGAACAGAUGACGCAGGAGGGAUCAAACAGACCAGGAGGUGAUUCUGAUUCAGAUCUUUGCAUAGAAGAAAAUGAUUUUUCUAAUGUUGAUAAUAUACGAUCCAAUACUAGUAGACACAUUAAUUCCAUCAGCGGCCAUCAAGUCUGAGAGAGAAUUUUGGAGCAUCUAAAUGAUUUGAAUAAAUAAUUUUGUGCUGUUUGUAUUUAUUGCCAUAUAUAUAUCUUUUAUAUUUUCAAAAUGUCGCGACACCUAUUGUCACUUAAAAAUUUAAAAAAAUAGUCCCAGCUAAAUAGCCAUAAAAUGGUACGGUUAUUACCGUAGUACCUAUUAGCUUACAAUUAUUAGCGUUCAUGGUUUAACGUUAUACCGGGUGAUUUUUUUAACCUGAAACCUCGAGAAAUAAACACUACGGAAAAAAUGUCCGUUAUCAAAAUUUUAUCAUUCCACGAAGGGAAUACACUAAUGCCAGAAUUAGUCCCCCUCCCCCUACUUGAAGGUAGGUUGAAAUUUUAAAUAGGAGCUAUUUUUUGUUGCAGAUUCGAAUUUUACGUUUGAAAGUAUGUAAGAUUUGUGAAACAUUUUUUUCGAUUCAUGACGGAUGGGGCUGUAAUCGACGAAAUUCAAUUUUUUCGAAACAGGGGGGAGCGGAGCCAAUUUUAAUGCUAAUGAUCUCCACCGCGGAAUGAUUAAAUUUUGUUUGUUGACAUUUUCUUCGUAGAGUGCUUAUUUUUGGAGAUAUUUGAAAGUUUCAGGUUAAAAAAUCACCCGUUUAUGCAUAUAUCAGGUAUGUUGCUUUAUGGGUGUAAAGGCAAUUGUUAUUUCUUUUUAUUUUUUUAGAUUUGUUAGGUUGUAAUAAUUAUGACGUAUAAAGAUAUAGUAAAUAAGUCGGUCUCAUAAUUGAUACAUAUUGUUUCUAUCGUGAAGGUACUAUAUAGUGUGUUUCUAACGUAAUUUGCUCGAGGUUGUAAUUCUUUCUUUAUUUUAGAAACACCGUGUAUGCCUGCUACUGUAUAGAACAUUUUUGUAAACAAUUAAGUACCUCUAUAUCUGUGUUAUUCUUUUAGCAAUAAUAGUUCAAGUUUUUAAGUUUGGCUUUGUUAUGUAUGAGUUAUAAUGCACUUUUGCUGUGUUUUACCAUAAUUAGGCUGUGAUGUUUUUUUGAUCGAUUAUAAAUGUAUAAUUUCAGUUUGGUUACUUAUGAAAUACUUAUUAUAAUAAAUGUAAAU